UGCGGUUCCCGGGGCUCUGUCCGCCGGGGGCGCGCCCCAAGUCAGCCGCGGGGCCGAGCGGAGGCCGCGGGCCGCAGUUGCCCUAGCCGCACCGACUGGGAGGCGGCCUCUUAUAUGGAAUUUGGACCCCGGCGCUCCCCUCUAGGGCUGGUGCCCCGGCCGCGGCCCUGGCGCAGUCCGCCGCCUCCCGCUAGGCACUCGGGAGGAGGAGGAGGAGGAGGAGACGCAGCCCGCUGCGCGCGCGGCGUGAGGACCAAGGCUCCCUCCUCUGGGGGGCGGGCGCGCGGAAGGCGCUGGUGACUGAGCGACUGUCGGGGCUCAGUGGUCCUAGAGCUGCACUGGACGGACCCCCAGGGUUGGGGAGUUGGGGAGACCUGCCCGGACUCCCUGCCCGCAGCCGCCAUGGCGGAGAAUUGGAAGAACUGCUUCGAGGAGGAACUCAUCUGCCCCAUCUGCCUGCAUGUCUUCGUGGAGCCGGUGCAAUUGCCGUGCAAACACAACUUCUGUCGGGGCUGCAUUGGCGAGGCGUGGGCCAAGGACAGCGGCCUGGUGCGCUGCCCGGAGUGCAACCAGGCCUACAACCAGAAGCCGGGCCUGGAGAAGAACCUGAAGCUCACUAACAUCGUGGAGAAGUUCAACGCCCUGCACGUGGAGAAGCCGCCGGCGGCGCUGCACUGCGUGUUUUGCCGCCGCGGCCCCCCGCUGCCCGCGCAGAAGGUCUGCCUGCGCUGCGAGGCGCCCUGCUGCCAGUCCCACGUGCAGACGCACCUGCAGCAGCCCUCCACCGCCCGCGGGCACCUCCUGGUGGAGGCGGACGACGUGCGGGCUUGGAGCUGCCCGCAGCACAACGCCUACCGCCUUUACCACUGCGAGGCCGAGCAGGUGGCCGUGUGCCAGUACUGCUGCUACUACAGCGGUGCGCAUCAGGGACACUCGGUGUGCGACGUGGAGAUCCGUAGGAAUGAGAUCCGGAAGAUGCUGAUGAAGCAGCAGGACCGGCUGGAGGAGCGAGAACAGGACAUUGAGGACCAGCUGUACAAACUCGAGUCAGACAAGCGCCUGGUGGAGGAGAAGGUGAGCCAACUGAAGGAGGAAGUGCGGCUGCAGUACGAGAAGCUGCACCAGCUGCUGGACGAGGACCUGCGGCAGACGGUGGAGGUCCUGGACAAGGCCCAGGCCAAGUUCUGCAGCGAGAACGCAGCGCAGGCGCUGCAUCUCGGGGAGCGCAUGCAGGAGGCCAAGAAGCUGCUGGGCUCCCUGCAGCUGCUCUUCGACAAGACAGAGGAUGUCAGCUUCAUGAAGAACACCAAGUCUGUGAAAAUCCUAAUGGACAGGACCCAGACCUGCACGGGCAGCAGCCUUUCUCCCCCUAAGAUCGGCCACCUGAACUCCAAGCUCUUCCUGAACGAGGUGGCCAAGAAGGAGAAGCAGCUGCGGAAGAUGCUAGAAGGCCCCUUCAGCACACCGGUGCCCUUCCUGCAGAGCGUCCCCCUGUACCCCUGUGGCGUGAGCAGCUCUGGGGCGGAAAAACGCAAGCACUCAACAGCCUUCCCUGAGGCCAGUUUCCUAGAGACAUCGUCGGGCCCCGUGGGCAGCCAGUAUGGGGCAGCGGGUGCCACCAGCGGCGAGGGCCAGUCAGGGCAGCCCCUGGGCCCCUGCAGCUCCACGCAGCACUUGGUGGCCCUGCCGGGCAGCACCCAACCAGUGCACUCAAGUCCUGUGUUCCCCCCAUCGCAGUAUCCCAAUGGCUCUGCCGCCCAGCAGCCCAUGCUCCCCCAGUAUGGCGGCCGCAAGAUUCUCGUCUGUUCUGUGGACAACUGUUACUGUUCUUCCGUGGCCAACCACGGCGGCCACCAGCCCUACCCCCGCUCCGGCCACUUCCCCUGGACAGUGCCCUCACAGGAGUACUCACACCCGCUCCCGCCCACACCCUCCGUCCCCCAGUCCCUUCCCGGCCUGGCGGUCAGAGACUGGCUCGACGCCUCCCAGCAGCCUGGCCACCAGGAUUUCUACAGGGUGUAUGGGCAGCCGUCCACCAAACACUACGUGACGAGCUAACGCCACGCGGGCAGUGGGGCGCUGGGGAGUCCUCCCCCCCAGUUCUCGAUGGCUCGGGAAUGAUGCAUCCAGAGACCUGCCCUUCUACCUUCCUGUCCUCCCGCCCUUCCUCCUUCAUUCCCCCAAGUCUUUUCCUUUUGGAUUUUGUUUUGUUUGGGGCUUGUUUUGAUUUUUUUUUUUUUUA